ACAUCUAACUUAAAUUACAAAAUUGUUAAAAUACAUUUGUAUUUUACUUAUGUUUGAAAGGAUUACUUUGAACACGCGCUCGCGAUAUUAAUGGACCGUGUUCGGUCUAUCUCCCCGCUUUUGCAUUUGGAUUUAAAUAAUUUCAAUUCUAUAGAGGCCGAAGAAAGCAGAUAUGUUUUGACAAGUCCUCGAUCUCUUGAGUCCUGCGCAAGACUUGGAGUUAAACCUGUUGACCUGGUGUUCAGAUCCCUCACUGAGUUCAUAGAGGAAAACCAGGAAUCCUCUUUGGAAGCGGUGACUGUGUUAUAUGAGGAAUACGAGAGAGAAAGAAGAGAACGACUGCGCAUGUGUCGCAAGGAGAGAGAAAAGCUCAUUCAAGAGACCAAAAAUAUAAAAUCAUCAUUUACGGCACUGGAAACCGUACAGGAACAAACAGCUGUGCGUCAAAGCACCCAAGACUACACGGUAAAAUACCAAAAUGGUUUUCCAAGCCCAUUAUCUUAUAAUAAAACCACAUCUAGCCAAAGGUUCCCCUAUAGUUUAAGUUUGGGGGACCUCCGGCGUUCCCCUGCAACGGAGAGACAGAUCAAGAGGCUUUCUCAAGAAAUCAAUAGUAAACUCAGCAUCACCGUCCCAGAGAAAGACCUUAAGCUUGCUGCAUUGUUGCUGGCCAAACAUGAGCAGGAACACAUCCAUUUACAACAGAGCAAGCUGGAGGAGCAGCAUCGGGAGGAGGAGCGCAGGCGAGAGGAGGUGCUGCGAGCUCAGUUGGAGCAAAAAAGGAGAAAACAACUUCUGCAGCGUAUCCGACACUGGCAGGAGGACCUGGAGGCCCGCAGGAGGAAGCGAAAAGAAGAGGAGGCGAUGUUUGUUGAGCAUUUUGAAAGGGAGGCGCUUAAACAGGAGGAGCGCUGGAGGAGAUCGGCAAAGGAGCAACGAGCUCAACGCAGGAGCAAACAAGAAGCGGCGAGUAAGGAAGAGAAAGAACGCAAGCGCUGCCAGGAGAGACUUAUAAAGGAAAAGGAGCGCAGUGAGGAGGCGCGGUGCGAGAGGGAGCUGCACGUUGCACGUGAGAAGGCGCAACACGCCCUGAGGAGCAAACAAAUGCAGGUAAAGAGAGCGAGGAGGAGGCUCAGGAUAGAAAAUCAAAGGGAGCUCCUCAAGCACCUCCUACUGAAGAAGGAGCUGGAGGAACAAGAACGCAAAGAGGAGGUGGUAAAAAGAGAAAGACUGCAGGAAAAACUGAGACACUCCCAAAAGAAACAAGCACUGUUGGCGGAGACCCGGCUGCAGGAGAUGCAAAAACGAUUAGCUAGAGAGGAGGAGCAGGUGUGGAGAGCGCAGCAGCGAGCGGGGCUGGAAAAAAAGGAUAGAUGGGAGCAUAGACACAGACUAGCGCAACGGUGCCAACUGCGGACAAAACAUGCCCUGCUUCAUGUGCAGGAGGAGUCUCAGCACAGAGCUCAGCGCACCAAGUGUGAAAACCAAGAAAAGGAGGCCACCCAUCGCAAACUGCAAGAUAAAGUCCUAAAGGAGGAGAAAGUGCAACUGGAGCAGAGAUACAAGGCUUUGGCAGAGAAGGAGGAGCGGAGAGAGAAGCUGCUGAAGGAAAGAGCGGAGGCCCAGGAGAGGAGUCGGAUGGUGGCGCGAGCCUCCUGCUUCAUGAGGGAGAGGGUGAAGGAGCAGACCUCCCCUCGCACUUUUGACCAGAUGACACGAGAAGCCGAGCUGAGCGCUCACCUGGAACGCCUGAAACUGAAUGCAACACAAUUAGAGCUGCGGCUAGAACGCUCAUCUCUCAAGUGCUUUUACUGAUAAUAUUAUGGUUUGUUUGAUGUUCAAGUGCACUCAGUGUUUGCUUUUCAUCCUCCUGGGAUUGACAUGACCUCAGCAUGGCUCAGUCAUUCUUUAAGAAUUGAGCUAUAUGAACAUAUUGAUGCCGUAUUGUAGUGAACAGUGAAGGAGAAUGAAGGUGUAUUGGCUUGUAUUGUACAUUUACAAUUGAACUACAAAGACAGUUUUGUAUUGUAUUGUAUUUUUGU